AAUGUCAUUAUUUACAAUGUCAACAUUAAAGCUGUCUUGUUGUGUUCUUAGAACGUUUUAAAGUUUGUUUUUAAGAAUUCCAGUGUGUUUUUCUACAUGCUACAAAAGAAAGGCUGGAUUAAGCAACUUAAACUCUUUAGUGCACUGGGAGGUGAGUUACUGGCAUAUCGUUCAGGUAUCAAACAUGGAGGUAGCAAAAUGUUUGGUAGACCCUAUGAUGAACAGCACUGUGAGAAAUAUGACUGAUAAUUCAACAUUAUGCAAUAUCUCGCCAGAUGUUAACUUCCAGGCGACUGUGCUGUUCUCCAUAUUGUAUAUUCUUUCGUACACUCUGCUGACUGCGGUUCUAAUUUUAUAUGCGUAUGGAGAUAAAAAAGAUCUUGGCGUGCAUUGCAACAUGGGAUUGAUUUUUUUCGCUUUUUUUAUAUCGACCAUAGCGGAUUUAUCGUAUCAAGAAUCUGAGAAUUUAACGUACUCAAUCUCAACAACUAUCGUUGUGUUUAUAUUUGGAAUUGGUGUUACAUUUGUCGCCAGCUUUUUCUUUUUUGACAUAAGGCGCAGUGCAGGAGAUCUGAGAGUGUUGGGUCAUGGUCAUGAAAAUAUUGCAGACUUUUUAUGGACCAUAACCAAAUUUGUUGUCUUGCUUGAAUUGUUUCUACUCAUUGGUUCACUCGUAGCAAAUGAUUAUAUUGCUUCAAUUCUUCUCUUAUCUGGCUUUCUUCAAAAACUUUGUCAAGCUUGGUUGUAUAAAUAUAGUUUACAAUACAAAGUUCCCGCCAAAAUAAAUGUUGUGGUGCAUCUUGGUAUUUGAAGAUCGUUGCUUUAUUCAACUUUUCAAUGUGGCUCGAAUCAAUAAUGAUUGCCGAUAUACAAGGGGAUCAUUUCAUAAAAAGUAUCCUAAGUGACAGUUACAGCAUUUUUUCGUCAGGGUAUGCCGCAUUGUUGAUAGACUAUCGACUUUUAUGCUGCAUCCUCUUCGUUGAGCAUGCCAUAAAAAUAGACGGUUACAUCCGUGAAAAACAAAACGACGAAGCAACCGCCUGUCGUCCAUAUACUCCUGCAGACGAGCUUGACCAUGAUAGUGUGGAAGCAUCUGAAGAGUUUAAACAUGACACAUCUUUGCUAGCUGGAGGAGGUUUCCUGUGUGGUAUGGUGCUUCUUGGUCUUCAAAUCAUAAACGGUCUUCAAUACAGUUACUUAGGACCGUGGACAAACAUAUUUGGUAUCAUUGCAGAUUUUACAACAAUAAUUUGCGGCUUCUUCGUUGUUCAAAAGGUGAAAAGUGCACAGAUUGCAAACCACACUCUAUUUUCAGUUGGCAUCGACAUCUUAAUGGCUUCAAUGGGAAUAUGUGGGAUGAUAUUUUGGUGUCUUAAAGGUACAAUGACAUCAACAUGGGCUGCACGUUCACGAAGAAUCCCUAAUAACACAAAACAAUAUGACUAUCUCUGCUGGAAUGCUAUUAAGUUUUGGUGCAAGCCCUUAUCAAUCGUGUAUCAAAUUUAUGUGUUUGUGAAAGUCGAUAUGUACUCUGCUUGCACAAGUGAAAUGAAACGAAAGAAAAUAAAUCACUUCCUAGUUCCAUUACUUAUGUUGGCGUUUCUAUCGGUGUUUCUCAAUACAAUCAUCGAUGCUUAUACUGGGAUUAUCGAGACGUUUGCUAAGAAUUCAGAGAUGAAUAUUCUGUUCAUGACGGUGUAUAAAUGUGGAUCACCUCUCCACUUAGGGUUUUGUCUACAUCUUUUCCUUCACUUUUACACGAUCAAUGGAAAAUUGACAUCGAGUAGAAAAGGAACAACACCGAUACAAUCGCCAGCAGCAACAACAGAAUCAUUAUCUACAACAACAGCAACAGCAACAACAACAACAACAACAACAACAACAACAACAACAAUGACAACAGCUGCGACAGAAACAACAAUAUCAUCUAAAUCGUCGUUUCAACACUUGAACACAACAGGCGAACAGAACCAGGCGUACAGCAAUGAUGUUGAUGAAAAGUUGAAACCAUUACUUGACAACCAACAUAUCGCCUAGCGGGUUGUUAUGCCUUUAAAACAAACUGACUAUUAUGAAAAGGAACUUUUAACUUUCACAUAAGAAAUUUAUCGUUCAAUGCCGGGCGCUUCAAAAUUUUAGAAUUUUGUACUGGUCGUUUGUUCGGGGAGAAGGGAUUAUUUAAAAAUAAGAAAAUUUAUUAAAUAAACAUAAAAAUACAUUUUACUCCGCCAAAUAUGAGACAGCUCACCUUAUAAAAUUGAAUUCGUUGAAAUUGAAAAGUAUAUAUAGCAAUGUAUACUCGUUGUAUUAUAAACUUAUUCGUCGGGUAGAAAAUUUUCCUGAGAGUUCAUUCACCUCAUAUUAAAAUUAUAAAUAAACUUGGGCGCAGCCUGACGACGAGCCCGAAACCGCAAAUUUUGUCCCGUAAAGGUUUUUCUUUAUUAACAAAGCAGUUGGUCCUCUAACUUUGUUGGUAUUAACUAACU